AUGGGUUCUUUGGAGCCAAAAGAACUUGUCAAAAGAAAUGGUUCCAAAGGGAGGGUAAAAGAAGACUGUGUUCUCGAAGACAAAACAGGCAAUGUCAUCAUCCAUCUUUGGGAUGAUACUAUUACAGCGUUCACCACUGGACAAAGCUAUGACAUAAGGAAUCUCAGUGUCAAAAACUUCAAUGGGAAGACGCACCUCGGAACAACAACAGAAACCACGUUCACUCCAAUUGAUACCCUACUGAAAGACAUAAAAGGAAAAGAGUUGUUAACCAACAUUAAAAAGACAAUAACAGUAGAGGAAUUUAAAUUCACAGAUAAAGUGAACACCUUCAUGGUUUGUCAGAUUCCAAACUGCAAAAAGAAAAUGCCAUAUGCUGUUUAUUGCAAAGUCAUUACUUGUGCUAGUUGUGGCACCUGUCAAAAGGUCAAAGCAUGUGAAAAGGGCAUGUCUGCACAUUUAUGUGCACAAAUCAAUGGUAAAGAUGUCUGGCUGCCAGCCUUUACAGACGUCAUGAAAAUGUUGAUCAACAAAGUAGAUCUGUCAUGCAACAACACAACAGAUGAACUCAAAGAAGGACUACUUAACCUGGAAAAUGUGAAAUUACUAAUAGAUUCUACAUCAAACUUUAUACUGGAUGUUUUAGAAUAA